GCGCGGCCUCCCGCCAUGGGGCCGCGGGCUCCUCGCAGCCCGCCCGGCGCGGGGGCAGCCCCAGCGGGGAGCCGCGCUGCCGCCCGGCGGGGGCCGGGGCGCGCCACGGCGGCGGGGCCGGGGCGCGGCGGGAGCGUGGCGCCCGCUGCCCGACAGGAAGCCCGGCGGCCCGGCGCGGUGCGGGCGGGCUCGGCCCUCGCCUUCCCUUCCGCCCCGGGCCGCGCUCCGCCCGCGCCGCCCGGCGGCCCCUCAGGUGUGCGCGGCGCGGAGCGGGGCGGCGCUCCCCUCGUCCUCCGGCCCGGCCGCCGCAGCUGCACGGCGGGCCUGUCACGUGGGGCGGCGGCGGCGGAGCGGCGGCGGCGCUGCGGUCUGUCCUCCUCCACCUGCCCCGGAGCGCGGAGCGCGGGCCGGCCAUGGGGCUGCGGCGGCAGGCGGCCGCCCCGCUCCCGGCGCCGCGGCGUGAGGGCGCUCCGCGGGCUGGCUGCGCCGCCGGCUCCCGCGGCUCGGCGUAGAGGCGCGGCGGGCGCCGAGCUGCCGUGGUUCCCCCCGCGCCGAAGGGCAGGCGGCGGCGACCCGCCAUGGAGAAGGCAGCGGCCGCGGAGCUCCGGCAGGGCGCGCUGGUGCCGCUCACCGCCAUCUGCCUGGGACCUGAGGUCCGUAGUGGUCUGUGCGCCUGCCGAAAUCGCUGUCUGCGCUGAGCUCUGGCUUCAGGAAGGAGAAAGUCCGAACUGUGGGUAUCCAGUGAAUCUCUUCCUGACUGGGAAAAUAGAAAGUGCUGUUACCUCAUUAGCUGAUUGCAGUGGAGAACUGGAAAAGCACACAGAGCGACGGGGAGUCAUCUAUAGUCCUGCAUGGCCAUUGAACUAUCCUCCAGCUGUAAACUGCAGCUGGUACAUUCAAGGAGAUCAUGGAGACAUGAUAACAAUUAGUUUUAAGAAUUUUGAUUUGGAAGACUCUCAGAAGUGUGCAGUAGACUGGUUGAUGAUCGGCCCAUCUUCCAAGAGGGAGGAGUACAAAGUGUGUGGGUCUUCCAUACCUCCGUCCUUCAUCUCUGCAAGGGACCAUGUUUGGAUAUUUUUUCAUUCAGAUGCAUCAAGCUCAGGACAGGCUCAGGGAUUUCGCCUUUCUUAUAUUAGAGGUAAGAUAGGUCAGGCCGUAUGCCAGUCAGAUGAAUUCCGUUGUGCAAAUGGAAAGUGUAUUCCCAGUACUUGGAAGUGUAAUUCCAUGGAUGAGUGUGGCGAUAACUCGGAUGAGAGAAACUGCACUGUCCCUCCAACAGAGCCUCUGUCCAGCAUCUGUCCCUCAGGAAUGUUCCAGUGCAGUGCAGCCCACUCCACCAAAUGCUUGAUGAACGAGCUGAGAUGUAACUCAGUGAAGGACUGCAGUGAUGGUUCGGAUGAAGAUAAUUGUCCUGAUCUUUCCUGUGGCAAAAGGCUGGAUAAUUUUUACGGAUCUUUCGCUUCCCCAGAUUUAUUCCGUGCUGAUCACAGCAGAUCAGACCUUCGUUGCACAUGGUAUGUGGACACACAAGAUAAUCGACACGUUCUGUUGCAGCUUGAUUUGCAGUUAGGCUACAACGACUACGUAAAGGUGUAUGAUGGCAUCGGAGAGAGAGGUGAUAAAUUAAUGCAGACAUUUUCGUACCACAACAAUAGGCAUUCGGUGAGUGUGGAGUCGUCAAAGGGGCAGCUCACUGUCUCAUACCAUGCCCGCUCCAAGAGCACUGGCCAUGGGUUCAAUGCAACCUAUCAGGUGAAAGGCUAUUGCCUUCCUUGGGAGCACCCUUGUGGAAGUGAUGAGGAGUGUUUCACAGAUAAGCAGCAUUGUGAUGGCUGGUGGCACUGUCCAAAUGGCAAGGAUGAGGAGAACUGUCCCGCUUGCCAGAAGAAUGAAUACCCAUGUGAAGGAAACAGUGGGCUUUGUUACUCAAUACUUGACCGCUGUAAUAACCAAAAGAACUGCCCAGAUGGCUCGGAUGAAAAAAACUGCUUUACUUGCCAGCCGGGAAACUUCCAUUGUGGUACAAAUCUGUGCAUCUUUGAGACUUGGCGCUGCGACGGCCAAGAAGACUGCCAGGAUGGAAGCGAUGAACAUAACUGCCUGGUGAUCGUUCCCAGGAAGGUCAUCACAGCUGCUCUGAUAGGGAGUCUCGUGUGUGGCUUGCUGCUGGUGAUAGCACUGGGUUGUGCAUUUAAAUUAUAUUCUCUGAGGACCAGGGAAUACAGAGCAUUUGAGACCCAGAUGACCCGACUCGAGGCAGAGCUUGUGCGACGGGAAGCUCCCCCUUCCUACGGACAGCUGAUUGCACAAGGACUGAUCCCCCCAGUUGAAGACUUCCCUGUGUACAAUGCAUCACAAGCUUCUGUGCUGCAGAACAUUCGAACAGCCAUGAGGAGGCAGAUGAGGCGACACUCGUCAAGACGGAGCUCGUCUCGGCGGCGCUUGGGCAGGCUCUGGAACAGACUCUUCCACAGACCUCGGGUGAGAGGACAGAUCCCGCUCCUGACGCCUGCCCGCACUUCACAGACUACACUGGGUGAUGGAAUCAUCAACCGUGCUGAUGGGACUAUUAGGAGCCCUCCGCCUUCCCCCGAAGGACCUAGUUUAGAGUCAAAUGCCCAUGGUCAAGCCAGGGGCUUACAAGAAGCUGGAUGUAGCAGUUUGCAGCCAGAGACUGAAAUCACAGAGCCAUCGCCUUCAAAUGUCUUACCGAGUACUUGCACAGCAGCACAUGCAGAGCCUGAGGCUGGACGCACUGAUAAAUCUUUAGGUGCUGAGACCUCCAGCAGCGAGCUUAAGCAGUCCAGUAAAGUGGAUUCAGGAAAGGCUUUCAGAGAUCCUUUAUCUGAAAGUGUUACAGAAAUGAUCCAUGGAGGGUCAGCGUCCAGGAGGACUGUCCCAGAGGACAGUAAUUUAAGUAGAAGUCAUCCGCUGAGUGAAGAGCCAUGUAGGUUACCCUUAAAAAAGUGGGAGUCUGCUUACCCAGACAGCCCUAUGAAUGUUCGUAUCCAAGUGGAUGGACAAAACCGAUGUUGCCCUAACUCAUACCGGGAGGAGCCUUUGGGUGUUCAUGCGGCUUGUUGCCAUUCUGUGGAAGUGCCAAUGUUAGAGUCCUCUACUCCCCUCUCUGAAAUCAAUACCAGUGAUGAUGAGUCUUUACUUGUUUGCUAAUAAAAAUUUUUGGUUUGGCCCUGUAAA